AUGUGUCCAGGUCUUUCAGUCUCUGAUUUGUGCGGCCUUAUAAUGAUGUCUGGAGCGUGCAUCUGUUUAACCCCCGCUGUCGUUGACUCAGAUUUACCAUUCGAGAGCCUUGACGUCCUUUACCUGGUAUUUGCGAUGCCACGCUUUGCUUUCAGCCGUGUCAGCAGCUGCAUCACCGCCAUGAUUACCCUAGAAAGAUGCUUGAGUAUUGUGGCACCUUUAAAG